GGCUGUCCACACAGCUGGUCAUCAUUCGGUCUCGCUCGCAUGCGCCACCCGUCCUGGCGACCGCGGCUGCUGCCACUGCUGCUCUGCACCAUGCUGUGCAGUUGCUACAGUCGAUGAGCGUGCCCUAGCAACUCCCCACCAUCUUCCAGUACCACACACGGCCGCAGCACGUGCGUGAGCCAGGCGGCCGCCCCAGACAUUGCGCUCCGUCCACGCAAUCGUUACGCUGUUGUUUCUGGCCGUCGGAGCGGCAGCUCGGUAGCAUAUGAAACGGGCCUUGCUUGCAGUUGUUGAAUCUUCUUUCCAGCCUGCGAUUCUUGCCAAUCUCUGUUGAGACGCUAUGCGGAUGAAGGGAUCCAUCGAAACAACACCACCUCACGCGACAACCGCCUUACACGGCUUCCGGAUUCCGUCAUCUCCUAUCAACCGGAUCCUGAGAAACGAGCCGUGAUAAAACUGAUAUUCUGAGGGCCUGAGAGCCCCUGUUUCUUAUCAAGAAGUCAAGUUCAUGUCGGGAAAUCUCGUUUAGUCAUGUGACCUCAGCGUCGUGCACCCGCGUGUGGAUGCCCACCAGGGAUAACUUUAUCAGAUGUUAUGACGCUGUCAACUCCGCCAUGACAUCAGCCUUGAAGACGCAAAAAAGAGCACGCCGUGUCAACGGAUGGCGGUUCAGUGCAGCCCCCCCGAUAAUCUGCCAUCGAUUUCUCCUUCUGACACCGGCAGGCUUUGGACGAUUGGACGUAUGCCAUGCAAGAAACGUGAGGUAAUGUGUGGGGCAACGACCUUGCGUUGGUAGCUCAGCAGGCGUCGUACCGAAGCUGGUAAAGAGGAAAAAGAAAGAAGGAGGAACGGCACAGUGAAGCACGUUUGGCUCAGCUCCGACAAAGCCAAAUGCUACGCGCGGCCAGGGAAACAAAACGGUCAUGUCUCUCUGGCGACGCACUUUCGAUCAUGCGGUGCUUCUCCUUGCCGCACUGGCUCGCUGCCGCCGUUGCUGCCGCCAAACGUAACUGUGCACGUCGUGCUUGCCUCGCCGCGGCAAGGUCAAGGCCUCUGCCGCAGCGACCCGGUCAACAGCUUGUUCCAAGCAACUGCUGAUGCUCCCUUGCUCCUGCCUCGCGCUCAUCGGUACCGAGAUGGAAGCGCCUGCUCAAGCAGGAGCAAGAUGACGUGUAGACUUCUUGUCGCCAGCCGACGGACAACGCGUCAGGCGCGACCCGAAGACACCGUAGAUGCUCAUGUUCGUAGCGUGAAGCACCAGAAACUUUCCCUGCUACUACAUGCGCAGUGCUUCAUGUGGACCUCGAUAUUUCCGCUCGGAUCCAGCGCGGACAGCUGCUAUAGCGCUGUCAAGGUCAAACCGUCGAUCUGCGCGGCCUCAGCCAAAAAGGUCGCCGUUGACCACUGCGACAACUAUGUACUUUGGCGGCGUGGCUGAAAUGUCAGCUCUCUACGACGUUUUCCAAAAUCAAGACACUGUGAAGUGCUUCAGGCAUGAACAGCGCAUGGCGAGAAUUCGAACACCUCAGUGCCGUAUUGUGUUCCUGGGAUCAAAGCGUGGGGAUGGCGAAUGAAGAUAGCACUCGUCUAAGCAGCAAAUUGAUCACUCCCUGCACGUGUGAAGCACCUCGCGCGUUCGCGGUGCGCAAUAGAAAUAUGAUGAACACAAACUUUGCGACCAGUAGUGGAUCGCCAAAGGGUAUCGGUACAUCUCGUAACGAGCAUAAUCGAGGACAUGUGGAGACAAAAAAAAGCACCAAUCAGCGCGCAGCAAGCUAUCUCUGCUCGAACCUCUUUCAAUCACAGCCCUUCUGAAGGUGUACGGGGCUUUCUAUGUUCAUUUGCGAAGCGUGCCGCGAAGGCCACAGUAAGUUAGCACAGCAUCAUGACGCGGGUGAUCUUCUCUGCACGUUCGCCAGAUCAGACGAUGAAAU